GGUGGUGGUGGUGGCAAGGCCCCGCUGCCCGUGUGCCCCCCCCCGGUGCUCCCUGCGUGUGCUGCGCACGCCGGUGGGGCCCUCACAUUCCUCGGGCUAUUUUUAGGGUGGCCCUAUCAGCCCAGCUGUCCCCGUGCCGGCCCCUUGCACCCGGCUGUGCCGCGCUCGCCUCGGUGGAGACCCCGCUCCCGGCUCGCCACGACCCUCGCGGCUGCAGCUCCAUGAGACAUCACCAUGGCCUUUUCAUCCCGGUUUGCGUUCUGGGAGCAGAAGGGAAGUCUCUUGCCUGUUUGCCUGCACCCUGCGUUCGGGUCACACUGCCUUAGCGCUGGCACUGCCCUGGCCUCACCAUAGCAUGGCCACGGUCACCGGUGUGGCCACGCAUGCAGUGACUAACGCCAUCACUAACAGCCCCUUUGUGAGCAGCCCCUAACACAGUGUGAGCUCCCCCAGUGCCACCGGCCAGCCCUGGGGCUCAGAGGCAGGGCAGGGUUGUCCUGCUUGGCACAUCCCAUGGCGUGCUGCAGUGAUGAGCUGGUGACACUUAAAACGUGCUGUGACACCUGUGGGGUGACGUGCGGACAGGCAGAGCCCCCAUGGGAGGGGUGACGGGCUCGAUGAACCAGCUCACUCACUGCCUGCAUGUGUUGAGGGGACCAGGCAGGGUCCUUUCCUCUCCCACUUCUGGGGUUUGCCAUAACCAGGGCAUAUCUCUGUGCUCCAGUCCCUGGGAAGCCUGGAAGGACAAAUGUCCUCACCCUUGGGGCUGCAAUAGGCUGCAAAUUGGGGCUGUUUCUUACUUUCUUGCCCCCCUGGCAUGGAGUGAUGAUCCCGAUGGCUUUUCCUGGUCCCUGUGGCUUUUCUGGCAGCGAGGCCCCACAAAGGGCUGAAACAGGCUCCUCUUGUUUGUCUGACCCUCAGGUCAAGGACGAGGACAAGUCUUUAGCUGUGAAAAGGCCUGGGAAGGAGGAUGGGGCUUCAGAGAGCCCGAAGGAUGCGGCACCUGCACCCCCGAAUCCGGAGCCACCAAGGAGCCCGGAGCCACCCCCUGCGCAAGGGACGAGCCCAGAGCCGGUGCUGAACGGUGCAGCCAUGAACGGGCUGGAGGGCCCGGCCCCCGAGGCACAAGGGGACGAUGGGCAGGGGCUGUCCCGGCGCAGGGUGGUCCGGGUGGUGCGCAAGGUGGUGCGCAAGGUCCUGCCUGGGGAGGACACCGGCAGUGCCAAGGAACCAGCGCGCGAUGCCAAAGGUCCUGAGCCGGUGCCCCCCCCGAGGAAGGAGGAGAUGGGCCGAGCACCCAUCCCAGCUCCUCCUGCCCCACCGCCUCCCCCCCCGGUACCGGCAGCCCCCGCCAAGCCGGAGCCCAAGGAUGAGAUCUCAGCAGGGCUCAAAACCCUCAUGGCAAAGGGCAAAACCAAAGAGCACCGGACACGGCUCCGGCCAGGGGACAGGCAGGAGAGGUCCCCCGAGCCCACGGGGGGGGACGUGAAACCGUCCCUAUCCCCUGGUGCUGAAGCCAAGCUGGAGCCGCUGGGGCAUCCUUCGGCAGGGAGAGCAGAGCCGGCAAAGGCGUCCGCUCUGAAACCCACCGCCCUGGAGAGGCACAAGGUACCAGUGUGUGCGGUGAGGGAUGCUCUAACACAGCUGUGUGGGGUUGUGCUGCCCAUGGUGUGAGUUCACCUG